AUGCUCACAAUGUACUCUGGCACCAAGCUUGCAGAGCUGCCGCCUGGAGUUUCUGCAUCUCCGUCUCCACAGCUGCGACAGCGAACCACGUCGACGCAAUCCGUACCCACGACCGAAUCCACACACACAAACGACUACCGCGAAGAGAGGCGGCGCGUGCACCAUGAGGCCGACAUCGUCAUUGUUGGCGCCGGUAUUCUUGGAUGCGCAGCGGCUGUCGCUUUCGGCAACCAGGGCAGGAGCGUCAUAUUGCUCGAGAAGAGCCUAAAGGAGCCUGAUAGGAUUGUAGGCGAGUUGCUGCAACCUGGCGGCGUCAAUGCUUUGGAGAAGUUGGGCAUGAGGGAUUGCCUCGACGACAUUGACGCCAUUCCCUGUUACGGCUACCAGAUCCUCUACGGCAAGGAAGAGGUCCACAUCCCUUACCCGGACAACCUCCUCACAUCUGCGGCCUCGAAAGCACCCGAAGGACGAUCCUUCCACCACGGCCGCUUCAUCUCCAAGCUACGUGCAAAGGCAAAGGCCACGCCCAACGUCACUGUUGUUGAAACAACCGUCGAAUCCAUGGUCAAGAGUGACUACACAAACCAGGUCGUGGGCGUAUCAUCCAAGACCGCUGGAGAGCAAGACUACUACUUUGGUGCCGUCACCCUCGUGGCAGAUGGUUACGCCUCCAAGUUCCGCAAAGAAUUCAUCCCUCACCAGCCCCAAGUACGCAGCAAGUUCUGGGGCCUCGAGAUGAUCGACGCCCAACUCCCCAUGCCAAACCAUGGUCACGUCAUCCUCGCCGAUGCACCUCCAAUCCUCAUCUACCAAAUCGGCACCCACGAAACCCGCAUCCUCGUCGACAUACCCGAGAAUCUGCCCUCAGCCAGCCCCAAGAACGGAGGUGUCAAGAACCACAUGCUCAAUGUUGCGCUGCCCCAACUACCAGAAUGCGUCCAACCCGCCUUCCGCAAAGCAAUCGAAGCCGGUAAACUGCGCUCAAUGCCAAACAGUUUCCUACCUCCUUCGACGCAGAGGCAGGCCGGACUCAUCAUCCUGGGUGAUGCCAUGAACAUGCGACAUCCCCUCACUGGUGGCGGCAUGACUGUUGCGUUCAAUGACGUAGUCCUCCUCUCCAACCUCCUCUCGCCCGCCAACGUACCCACAUUAGAGGAUACAUCCGCCGUCUUGUCCGCCAUGUCCACCUUCCACUGGCAGCGCAAGAACGGAUCUUCCGUCAUCAACAUUCUGGCCAUGGCUCUCUACAGCCUCUUCGCCGCCAACAACCAAUACCUAGAGCUGAUCAAGAAGGGUUGCUUCAAGUACUUCCUCCGCGGCGGCAAGAGUGUCAGUGAGCCUUGUGGUAUGCUCGCUGGUCUCAUCACCCAUCCCUGGAUGUUGGUGUGGCACUUCUUUUACGUCGCCUUCUAUGCCAUCUGGGUUCGGUUGCAGGAGGUGCCAAUCUACAAAGCACCAUACACGCUGUGCGUCGAGAGUGCUAUGGUUGUUUGGACAGCCAUCUGUGUCAUUGGUCCGUAUCUUGUUGCUGAGGUCAAGAUAUAG